GCCUCGCCGGGCGCGCCAGAAGAGGGCGAAGAGGAAGGCCGCGCUCGCUCGCUCGCUCGCUGCCCGCGGGCGGAAGGGGGCAGGGGCGGCGGCUGGUUUCGCGGCAGCCUCCGGACACCUCGGAGGGAGCCUCGGCCAAGCCAGCCGGGCGCCCGGGGCUGGCGCGCCCCAGCUGCCCCGGAGACCUUUCCAGAACUGGAUCGUCAAUGGCUGUGGCAAGAUUGAGCAAGUGGUUGAAAUGAAUACGAACACUAUCCUAGAAGAGAUUCUGAUUAAAAGAUCACAACAGAAGAAGAGGACAUCUCCUUUAAAUUACAAAGAGAGACUUUUUGUGCUUACAAAAUCCAUGUUGGCGUAUUACGAAGGUCGACCAGAGAAAAAGUACCGAAAAGGAUCAGUUGAUAUUUUCAAAAUUAAAUGUGUAGAAAUUGUGAAGAAUGAUGGUGUUAUUCCCUGUCAAAAUAAAUAUCCAUUUCAGGUUGUGUACGAUAAUAGCACACUUUAUAUUUUUGCUCCCACUCCAUACAGCAGGGACCUGUGGGUACGGCAUUUGAAAGAAGAAAUAAAGAACAAUAAUAAUAUAGUGGUUAAAUAUCAUCCUAAAUUCUGGACUGAUGGAAUCUACCAGUGUUGCCGACAAACAGAAAAAUUAGCACCUGGCUGUGAAAAAUACAACCUCUUUGAAAAUGGCAUAAGGACCUUGCCUGUACCAGUACCAGAUAAAAAUAAGUUUCCAAGGAGGCCCCCACCGCCUAUUCCCCCAGAAGAAGAGGAGGAAGAUGAAGAAAUAGUCAUAGCCAUGUAUGACUUCCAGCCCACAGAAGGUCAUGACUUAAGGCUAGAAAGAGGUGAAGAAUAUACAGUCAUUGAAAAAAACGACAUUCAUUGGUGGAAAGCUAGAGAUAAACAAGGAAACACAGGAUAUAUUCCAAGCAACUAUGUAACAGGAAAAAAGUCCAAUGAUCUUGAUCAAUAUGAGUGGUAUUGUAGAAACCUGAACAGAAGUAAGGCGGAACAGCUCUUGAGAAAUGAGGAUAAAGAAGGUGGUUUUGUAGUGAGGGACUCCAGUCAACCAGGUUUAUAUACAGUAUCACUUUAUGCAAAAUUUGGAGGAGAGGGAUCAUCUGGAAUAAGACAUUACCAUAUCAAAGACACAGUGACCUCACCAAAGCAAUACUAUCUCGCAGAAAAACAUCUCUUUGAUUCCAUUCCAGAGUUGAUUGAAUAUCAUAAGCACAAUGCUGCAGGACUUGUGGCAAGGCUACGAUAUCCAGUUACUCCAAAGAAGAAAGUCACACCGGCUACUGCAGGAUUCAGUUAUGAGAAGUGGGAAAUUAAUCCUGCAGAGCUCACCUUUAUGAGAGAAUUGGGCAGUGGUCUCUUUGGCGUGGUGCGUCUUGGCAAAUGGAGGGCGCAGUACAAAGUGGCUAUCAAAGCAAUCCGAGAAGGUGCAAUGUACGAGGAGGACUUCAUAGAGGAAGCCAAAGUCAUGAUGAAGCUAACCCAUCCUAAGUUGGUACAGUUGUAUGGAGUCUGUACUCAGCAGAGACCUAUUUACAUAGUGACCGAAUUCAUGGAGCACGGUUGCCUUCUGAAUUACCUUCGGCAAAGACGUGGCCAUUUUACUAAUGACAACCUACUGACAAUGUGCCAGGAUGUCUGUGAAGGAAUGGAGUACCUAGAGAGAAACAGCUUUAUCCACCGAGAUCUGGCUGCGCGGAAUUGUUUGGUGAGCGAGUCAGGUGUGGUGAAAGUGUCUGACUUUGGAAUGACAAGGUACGUACUUGAUGAUCAGUAUACAAGUUCUUCAGGUGCUAAGUUUCCAGUGAAGUGGUGCCCACCAGAGGUUUUUAAUUAUAGCCGUUUCAGCAGCAAGUCAGACGUCUGGUCUUUUGGGGUUAUCAUGUGGGAAGUGUUUACUGAAGGAAAAAUGCCUUUUGAGACAAACACAAACUAUGAAGUGGUGACUAUGAUUAGUCAAGGGCAUCGUCUGUUUCGGCCCAAGUUAGCCUCUAAGAAUGUUUAUGAUGUGAUGAUGAUAUGUUGGCAAGAGAACCCAGAAAAACGUCCUACAUUUCAAGACCUCCUUCAAAGAAUUUGUGCUAUAUCAGAGGAUAUGUCUUGAGAAGAAACAACAGAAGCCCUGCAGGUCACCGUAGAGCCGGGCCGAGACGUUGUGGUGCUCUUUCUUGUUAGAGGCCAGAUCACGGAUGCUGCUGAAUGGACCACAAAGAGAACAAAGCAAAUACUAUUUUUGUAAGAAGAGUUUUACCAAGAGAGCCAUAGUUCCUUUUACUACUUAUGAAAUACUCUCUCUGAACUGGACGUGCAUGAGAGUUGCGAAGGAAAAAAAGUAGGCCAGAAACCCUUAUUUGACCACUAGUUCUAGUUUUAGACAGUAGUUACCACUAUGCGGGCAUGAUGGACCAGUGUGGUAUAACGGUUAGUAAAUGUUAGACUAGGACCUGGGAGUCCCAGGUUUGAAUCCCCUCUGCCAUGGAAGCCUGUUGGGUGAGACUGGGCCAGUCACACAUUUUCAGCCUGAUUUGCCUCACACGGUUGCUGUAAGGACAGAAUAGAAGACAGGAGAAUGAUGUCGGCCACUUUGGGUCCUCAUUGGGGUGAAAGGCAGGGUAUACACGGAGUAAUUAAAUAAAAUGAAGAACCACAACUCUCAUGUGAGGGCCAACUAGGGCUGCAACAUUGCUUUGGGGAGAGGCCUUGAAAAUCCAGUAUCUCUCAGUGGCUGGUUGAAGCUAUAAAUAUUGCUGCUAGUUCUUGAUGCCCAAGUUUUCCUUCUUUUUAAAUGCACCUUUUAAAUCGUGGGAACUGAUCAGACAGCAACUUCGUCUCACAUCAAGUAUUGUGCUUUUAUGUUUUAUCACAAAGUCUCCUAGAAAAUUUUUAAGUGGGAUACUGGCAAACCUAAAGGCCUCAUAGUUCAUAGUGACAGUUCAUUUAAUAUACAGAGUGUCGUAAAAGUGUACAUAGUGCAAGUUCUGAUUGGCUGGACCAGACAUUGCUGUAAGGUAGGGCUCUUAAACCAAUAAGGAAGCAACCAGAGGAUGGACUUUGAUUGCGUUUUAAAAGCAAUUUAUAUAGCCUGAUGAUUGUAAAUAGAUGGACUAAACAUGUAUUUAUAUGA